CCCAGAUAAUCUUCCCCAAUUAUUAGCGAAGCGAGUUUAUUAUGGUUCGAAAGUCAUAAUAAUCCUGAUUAUAGUUUCUUUGCAUUCAGACUGUCGCUGUGGAGCGACAGCAGCAGUCUCCAUGGCAACAGAAGAGGGUCGUAAAGCCGAGCCAGAGGUCGUUUUUUCUGUAACGGAGGAAGAAAUCAACCGUUGGAUGUCUAGAGCUUUUGAAAUGGCCAGAGACGCUCUGGACAACGGAGAGGUUCCAGUCGGUUGUCUGAUGGUCCACAGGGACCAGGUGGUGGGGAAGGGAAGGAACCAAGUCAACGAGACUAAAAACGCGACUCGCCACGCUGAGAUGGUCGCUUUGGACCAGGUUCUGGACUGGUGUUAUCAGAAGAACCUGGACAUGAGGAUGGUUUGCCGGCAGACGGUCCUCUACGUGACGGUGGAGCCAUGCAUCAUGUGCGCUGCGGCGCUGCGCCUCGUCAAUAUCCCUCUGGUGGCGUACGGCUGCAGGAACGAGCGGUUCGGAGGCUGCGGAUCGGUUCUGGACAUCUCUACUGCAAACCUUCCCAACAGUGGGACCGCCUUCAGGUGCGUUUCAGGCCACAGAGCACAGGAAGCUGUGGAGAUGCUGAAAACUUUCUACAAACAGGAGAAUCCAAAUGCUCCAAAACCCAAAACGAGGACGGACUGACCCGCCCAGACGUUCCUGGUUUUCCGGCUGAGUUUGAAUCCUGGAUUUUAUUUCAUAAUAAAAGGUUUUUAUUUAAUGAC